AUGGAAGUCAGUAAGGAGAGGUCAAAGAUCAUGCUGGACAACACGAACGUCAGAGCAGGCAUCACCAUGAUAGGCGCGAGGCUACUGUUCCGCAUCUCCUACAUGGAGCACAAGACCAACGAGUACUUCCGUAACAUGACAGUUACACUUGUUGGCCAACAAGAGCUUCCCCAAGCGGCCGUUAAACGACGAAAGCUGGCUUGGUACUGCGAUGCAACACCGAAAACUACAAAUGGCUAUUUUAAUGCUGAGGAAUCAAAACUGUUAUGCAAUGCCUGCGACCUAGGAUACCGCCUUUAUCAGUAUAGCAGUGGAGAUAUGCGUUGCUUGUUAUAUUCUGAACUAAAAGUUGUCAAUACCAUAGAAAGGAGAGUGCGCCUUGCUGGUGGAGGUUCGCAUUGGGGCAGAGUAGAAGUUUUCUACGGCGAUGAGUGGGGAACCGUAUGCGAUGACGCGGCUGAUGACCAAUUUGCCAGUGUGCUUUGCCGAGAACUAGGAAUGGAUGAUGGCAAAUUGAUGAACUUGUUAGAAGUCCAACUCAAAAUAUUUUCUGGAGCUGACAGUUACAUUUGGCUAGAUGAUGUACAGUGUACAGGGAACGAGUCAUCGAUCGUUGACUGUGCACACAGUGGUUGGGGUGUACAUGACUGUGAUCACAGUGAAGAUAUUGGCGUAUUAUGUUACGCAAACGAUUGUCGACUACAGGUACAGAAUGGCGGCAAAAAUAAAGUGGGUGCCUCAACUUUAUAUGGCUCAUUUGCUACAUUUACUUGCAACAAUGGAUAUCGCACCUCUCAGAACUUGACUACAGGCGGAAUGAGAUGUAUGCCAGACGGCAAUUGGGAGGCCGCCCGAUGCGAGAAAACGGGUCAUCAAAAGGUUGAUAACACAGUUACCAAUCCAGCCCCUGCCCAAUGCCAGUCAAAUACUGAUUUUAAUGGCAUUGAAUGGGGAGCAGUUUAUGCAGGGAAUGUAACAUUGAAAAACUGCACGGACGGAUACACUGGUAUUAUAACACGGACUUGCAAUGCACAUGGUUAUUUUGAAAACCCGAUAUACAACUGCACAAAGCAGGCUAUACACGCGUUACUAAACAAGGUUAAAGUCGAUCUGAGUGCAGACGUGAAAGAUACAAUCAAAGAUUUAAGGAAAGAAAUAAGUCUAGAAGAAAACAACACUUCUGAGAAGACAACACUUCAUGUUGGUGACAUUGAAACGGCGACAGAAAUAAUGAAACUUAUUACUGACCGGUUUGAAGCACAUAACUCUACCAUUAAAUAUGUGACAGAUUCCUUCAUCGAUGUCGUGGAUAAUUUAAUUAGCGAUAGAACAACACAUUCAUGGGGCGCCCUAUUGGACAAGGGCGGAGCUGCCACGGUGAUUAACGUACUGGAUGAGUUUAUAUCCAAAGUUGUUAACAACAGUGCUGUAUUAAAACAAAAUAUGACCGUUCGGAAAGAUAACAUUUUUCUUCAAAUAGGCUCUGUGGAGCAAUGCUCAAAGAUAAAGUUUCCAGAUAGUGGGAAAAACGGAAAUGUUCCAGAGUGGGCCAUAACGCGACAUGACACUGUUGAAGUUGCAUGCCGUGAAAAAGGUGGACUGACGUUUAGUGGUUCCCUCUUCAGGAAUAUGACGUCGAUAAUGUCAUCAAAAACUAAAGACUCGAAGCAUAUGGAAAUCAAUGCCCCGGUUCUGGCGUUCAGUAUGUACGAUUCCAUAACGACUUCUGAUGCACAGAACGUCACCUUAAUAUUUGAACUAUUUAACACAGACUUAACCAAACCGUCGUGCAGCUUCUGGGAAAAGGGUUAUUCAAGUGGUGAAGGCUUUUGGUCUAGCGAAGGAUGCAAGCUGGUGGAAUAUAACCAACAGACUGGACGUGUAACCUGCUCAUGCAAUCAUCUCACAAACUUUGCUGUCCUGAUGAGUCGAGGCGUUACAGUAGAAAAGAUCCAUCAUCAGACUCUCAGUGCUAUAACAGUGGUUGGAUGUUGUCUGUCCCUGGCAGGUCUUGUAACAACGUCUGUUAUUUACGUAUACUGUUGGAGGAUGGUAAAGUCAAACCGAGCAACCUUGCUGUUAAACCUGUGUGCAGCUCUGUUCGUUGCGUAUCUAGCGUUUCUCAUAGGAAUUAAGCGCACACAAUCACUGGGCACUUGUAAAUUUACUGCCGUGUUGCUUCACUACGUGUAUCUCGUGGCAUUCUUCCUGAUGUUGGCAGAGGGAGGCGUUAUUGCGUUGAUGGUUCUGAGCCCGCUAACCAAGAGGGAUAGUGUCCCUUACUUCUUGGCAGGAGCAUAUGGUAUUCCUGCCGUAAUUGUUGGUGUAUCUAUGGUCGCGACACAGUUGGACGGUUACGGAAAUGACAGAUUCUGCUGGUUGUCCGUGGAGUCAGGUCUGUUUUGGGCAUUUGCAGGACCGGUCCUUGCCAUAGUCGUGACAAACCUGAUUAUCCUAGUGCUCGUGUUAAAACAAUUGUUCGGAGUUGCAGCUAUGUCAAAGAAAACAGACGCUGAGAAAGUCAAGUAA